AUGGCUCCUCUACUGGAGUCGACGCUCCUUCCAGUUCACCUGGCAUACUUCUUCCUGUCCGCUUUGAUUGGCAGUGCCAUCCUGUACACCACAUCGGCGCGGAUCGUCGAUCUGCCCUAUGUUGAUGCGUUUUUCAUGAGCUUUAGUGCCAUGACUGGAGCUGGUCUCAGCGUGGUUGAUCCCUCUGUUCUGGGGACGGUUUCCCAAAUUGUCUUGUUUAUCCUGUUCAUAUUGGGUCAUUCAGUACCCAUUCACGGUAUCAUAACUUUGAUACGCGCCAUGUGUCUGCAGAAGACACUCAUUCAGGGUGCAAACACCGGAGAGGGAUGUCAGACAAACUGUCAAGGAUCAUCGGAUGGGAAGCAUGGAAAAUCGGCCCUGAACUGUGGCAUUGUCAAUCCUGAAAAAGUGCUUCACCCACUUAAAACCAACGUCACUGACAGAGAGAUUCCUGCGGACGAGCCCUCGCCCGUUGGAAGCGAGGGCAUGCGGUACAGUCGCGGCCCACUGAUCUUCACAUUCACGAGCUGUGCCAACGGAAAAUCCACGCGUCCGGUUCUCGAGCGACAAAAGAACAGAGCCAUCAGCUUGAGGUCAUUAUACACGCUCGCUAGAUCCAGACUUGAAAUCUUGUUAUCUCGCAAUGAGAACGUGAACAGCGAAUCGAGAUUUGCGAAGUCAUCUGAAGAGUCCUGGCAUGAAUACAGAGCACUCAUGGUGAUUUCUGUGUCGACAUUGCUGUACGCAGUUAUCUGCCCCUUGAUUGGUAUCAUUGUUGUGGGGUUUUGGUUCAAGCUCCGCCGACCGGAUGUCCCACAAGGCGACGGAGUUGCUCCGUUUUGGGCCGGGUCUUUUCUUGUGAUGUCUUCAUUUGCAAAUAAUGGCAUGUCGCUGAUAGACAGCAAUAUGGAACCUUUCCAAAGAGAACGAAUGCUUCCAGAUACCCCCAAAUGGGAAACUUGGCGACAGGCGUUCGACAACGUUCUUACAGAGCCUCACACUCUAUGCGGGUUUCUGUUCCCGGCUGGCCACACGUGGUUCCUUGUAGGAACAGUCGUUGUUUUGAACAGCAUCAUGUGGGGUGGAUUCGAGCUGGCAGCACUUCGUGACAUUGAGAUUGAAGCUCUCCCUCGAGGGUAUAGAGCUCUGGAUGGACUCUACCAAGCCUUCUCUAUACGAGGUGGCGGUUUCGCGGUCGUCAAUAUUGAUAAACUACCCCAAGCACUGCUGGUGAUCUAUGCAAUUAUGAUGUACCUCUCUGCCCUUCCAACAUGUGCUGCUUUCAGGAGUGCUUUCUUAUCACAUCCUGAAGCCGGAAGCCUUUCCUGUCUCGAGGCCGGUACUAAAACGCUCAACCCCGAAGCCAGCGUCUACGGGGGGCCGGUCAGGUCGUGGAGUGUUUUCUAUUACGAACGCUUACGCAGUCAUCUCAGUCGUGACAUGUGGUGGCUUAGUUUUGCCGUCAUUCUCAUAUGCGUUGCAGAGUCACAAAAUUUUGCUGACUAUCCACUGGCAUUCUCCACCUUCAACAUUGUCUUCGAAGUCGUUUCGGCCUACAGCUUCGUCGGUGUAAGCGUGGGAUAUCCUGGUAAAACCACGGCUUUCUGCGCGGAGUGGUCUCCAUUCAGCAAGCUUCUGUUGGUGUUGAUCGCUGUCAUUGGUCGACAUCGAGACGUGCCAAACAUGGUCAUGAGAAGAAAUCGGCUCGCGCAGGUCGACGGACAAUUGCAUGCAACAUCGGUUAUCCCACAAACAAUGAUUGACUCGUUCCCCAUCGACACUCACCACGACUGA